AUGGUUUUAUUUCCAACAAUAAACAGACUUGCCAAUCCUAAUAAUGCAGGCGGGCUCACCGGUAGUAGAAGACGAAGGUUAUUUGUCCCACCAUCGACACAGUACCCACUUUUCAUAUACGGCGAUGGCGAUGACCAACGUUCAUUUUUGUCAAACAUAGAAGUUGGAUCACAAAUAUAUAGCCCAGAAGACGACCAUAGUGAUGUUGCAAGCGUUAGCACUUCGCGAUCUUUGCCAUCGACUUUGAGUUCAGUGCAGACCGCUGAUGACCAAGAAUCAUUCCACGACUGGUUGCAUGAAGAGCAUCAACGGAGGAUAUCCGCAGCAUCCUCACCAGCAGGAAGUAGUGAUGAAGACGAUUUAGAGUUGGGGAGGAGGCGAUCUGGCACCAUGCCAACUGUCAUUAGUCCCCAGGAAGACUUUCUUAAUUUAAAAACCGAUUAUAAUCUAGAGUCAAAAAGUUUAUUCAAAAAUUCGUUGCCAUUAAUAUUAACAUUUAUCUUGGAACAUAUAUUUUCGAUUGUAUGUUUGGUGGUUGUAGGAAAAUUGGGUACAAAACAAUUAGGGGCCGUGUCGUUGGCAACUAUGACUUCAACAAUUACGUUUGCUAUCUUUGAAGGAACGGCAACUGCGUUAGAUACGUUAUGUCCACAAGCUUACGGUGCAGGCAACUAUGAGUUGAUGAGUAUUUUUGUACAGAGAUGUAAUAUUUUUUCCAUGAUUUUGUUUUUGCCAUGUGCUUUAUUUUGGUGGUUUUCUGGACUGAUCCUAAAAUAUGUCAUUGACGAUCCUGAAGUGGUCCAUUUAACUCAGGAAUUUUUAAGGUGCUUGAUAUUGGGGGCACCAGGCUAUAUUCUUUUUGAAAACUCAAAGAGAUUUUUGCAGGCUCAGGGUAUAUUUGAAGCUGGCACGGGUAUACUAUUCGUCAGUGCUCCAAUCAAUAUUGGACUUUCGUGGUUUCUUGUAUGGAAUGAGACAUAUGGGAUUGGCUAUAUUGGUGCACCCAUUGCCACAGGGAUUAAUUUCUGGUUAAUGAUGAUAUUGUUAGUUCUUUAUGUCAGAUACAUUGAUGGAGGAAAGUGUUGGUUUGGAUUAGCGUCUAUGGAAGAGCUUUUCAGUAACUGGAAUCAAAUCAUUCAUUUGGCCAUACCUGGUAUUGUUAUGAUGGAAUCUGAAUACAUGGCAUAUGAAAUAAUGACCUUGUUUGCAUCGUACUUUGGGACCGUUCAAUUAGCAGCUCAGAGUGCCGUUUCCAGUAUUGCAUCACUUACAUAUAUGGUACCAUUUUCUGUGGGAAUUGCUGCUACCACCAGGAUUGCUAAUUUUAUUGGUGGGCAGAAUAUGGUUGGAGCUAUCUUAGCCACUAGAGUAGCCAUGGUGGCGGCAGUGAUUGUUUCCACCAUAAACUGUUUAGCAUUGUUUUCGUUCCGAUACGAGAUUGCUCGGAUUUUCUCAGAUGAUCCUGAAGUGAUUUCACUCAUUGUCGAUUUAUUGAACCCUUUGGUGAGUGUUUUACAAAUUUUCGAUGGUAUUGCCUCGGUCAAUAGUGGUAUAUUGAGAGCUCAAGGUUCACAAAAGAUAGGUGGCUAUAUAAAUUUUAUUGCAUAUUACGCAUUUGCAUUGCCAUUGGCUAUGGUUUUGAGUAAAAUUGUUGGCCUACAAGUCUUUGGUUUAUGGAUUGGUGUUGGCAGUGGAAUGGCUGUGAUUGCCUUGAGUGAAACUGCCGUUAUUAUGUUUAGUAAUUGGGAUGACAUAUUAAUGAAGGCAGGUAUAAUGAAUGAGUUUGGUUUUGAUGAUAGUGAUGACGAUGGUGAAGAUGAUGAUAUAUUUUAG